AUGGGUUCACUUUCUCCUCCUCGUCCUCGGCCUAAUCAACAAUCAUCACCUCCUUCAGGUUUCCAAAUAUUCAUGUCGUUUUGCGCCAAACAACCUCCAUCCUCAAGCAACGACAUGUCGUCCAACUGGAUAACCCGCUACGACCCCUCAAACAAUGCAUGGGAGCGUCUCACUUCCAUCCCCGGACUCCUUCACAACCAUGUCCUCAAAGACUUCUCCAUGGUUUCCAUUGCGGAUUCCGUCUUCGUUGUCGGAGGCAGGCUUUACCGUAAGGUUUUCGGUUCGGGACAAGACACCGACGAUGACGACACCGGUGAGGUCAGGUCGACGGUUCUUCGCUACGACGUGAGGAACGACUCGUGGUCAAGAUGUGCGCCCAUGAGGGUAGCGAGGUUCGACUUUGCGUGCACAGUGUACGACGACAAGAUAUACGUCGCUGGAGGAAAAACGACAGUGGAUUGCACCGGGGGACUGUCAUCCGCUGAGGUAUACGACCCGGCGUUGGACCAGUGGAAGGCUAUGCCGAGUUUGACCACGGGGAGGCAUAAAUGCGUGGGGGUGACGUGGCAAGGGAAAAUCUAUGUCGUCGGAGGUUUCGCGGGGAGAUCAGGUGAAUCUUGGUCCAUCUUGGAACAGUGUUCGGCUGAGGUGUACGACUGUGAGAGUGCCAAGUGGGAUCUGGUGAUGGGUAUGUGGCAGCUGGAUAUCCCACCCAAUCAAAUCGUAGCCGUGGAUGAUAGACUGUUCAGCUGUGGAGACUGUUUGAAUGCGUGGAAGGGGCACAUCGAAUCGUACGAUGGGAAACUCCGUAUAUGGAACGUGGUCGAUGGGUCCCACCGUCGGACAUUGUCUUGUACGAUUGACACGUUGGAUGAUGCCACAGGGGCAAAUUGGUAUCAAAUGCAACGUGUUUAUCUUACAAUGGCAGCUGUUGGGACCCACCUGUACGUCUUGGCUGGGUAUAGGAAGGCUGAUGGUGGUGAGGACAUCUCGAGUUUGGUGUCGGUUGUCCACGUGUUUGACACGUCAGUAGAUGGGAAUGGGUUUGGUUGGAAGAGUUUUGAGCCCACUGAGGAGCAUGUUGAAAUGGAGCUUUGCAGCCAUUGUUGCGUUGUGAGGCACUAA